UCAUCACUAAUUUGCGCGCGAAAUACUUCAAUAACAAUGGAUGCAGAUUUACUGCCACUGAGGAAACGAAUAACAAACACCUUUAAGCUAUGUGGCUUUAUGAUUCGCUCCGAGAACAGUUCCUACCUGGCCGAGCAGCUGCUGCCCUUCGACUCCGCCGAACGGGACAAGUGGCUAACGGUGAUCACCGAAAAUUUGCAGAGCCAGAAGCUACUGACGCCUCAUGUCGAACGAGCCGCUUUGGAAAAGGCCAUCAAUGAACUUAACAGGGUGGGAUUGGAUGAAGGCGAGACGGUUUUCACCUUAAUAAAUGCUUUUACAGUACCCCGUUUUCGGUACAAUCAGCGGGUUAAGAAGUUCGAAUUGGACACUCAGCCUCGCCAGUUGCUGACCGCUCCUCGCAUGAAAUCAGACUACAUGCAGCAACGUUAUGCCAUGUUACUCCAGAAAACACUGCGGCAUGAUUUGUUUGCUCCCGCUGUUAUCCAGGAUGGUGUUGGAGCUGAGGCACAGGCCAAGAAAUUCAAGCUUCAAUUUGCGGAGAACCUUCUGGCCACCUCCACGAUGAAGGAGGCCGUCGUCUUGGGGCUGCUUACCCAGCUGAAGGAAGGCAAGUUCUAUGUAGAGGAUCCCACUGGUUGUGUCCACUUGGAUCUCACUGGAGCCCGUUUUCAUGCAGGGUUCUUCUGCGAGGGGUGCUUUGUUUUAGCAGAGGGAAACUACAAUAACGGUGUGCUUAAGGUUGAUGGCUUAGGUUUUCCACCAGCAGAACCAGCGACCAGCAGUCGUGCCUUUUUCGGUACCGCCAACACCUGGGGCGGUGAGUCCGCCAAAUUGCUGAAGUACUCUCCUCGCCUGCAAGAACUGGAGCGUACCAAUACGGAAACUACUAUAGUAUUCCUAUCCGAUGUACGGUUGGAUCUGCCCGUGGUUAUGGACAAGCUGCGUCAGCUUUUUGUGGGCUACGACUCCUGCCCGCCACAGGCUAUAGUGCUUAUGGGUCCUUUCACGGCCAGCACAAGGAAUCAUCAUGAGCUUAGGCAUCACCUGGAUGCGUUGGGUGGCUUGGCCGCUGGCUGCGAGCAGCUGAAGAAGCAAACAGAUCUGAUACUCGUUCCCUCAUCCGAAGAUCCUACGGCGCCGAAUAUUUUGCCACGUGCUCCUAUUCCUGAGUGUCUGGCAGCUGGACUGCUGAAGACAUGGCCACGCACGCAACUGGCCACGAAUCCCUGUCGUCUGCAGUACUGCACCCAGCAAAUAGUAGUUUGCCGACUGGACUUGAUGGCCAAGUUUUGCCGAAAUACGUUGCAUUUCCCGGAGGACACAUCACAGAUCGAGCAGCAUUUUGCCAGAACAAUUGUGUGCCAGGGUCAUUUGGUACCCAUUCAUCCGAUUGCUAUGCCCGUGCACUGGGAUUACGAUCCAGCAUUGUGGCUGUAUCCACUGCCAGAUCUGAUUGUCAUGGGUGACUCCUGCCAGAGUUUCAGUAGCAGUCAACACGGCUGCACUGUCCUCAAUACCGGAUCCUUUGUCAAGUCAAAGUUUGCUUUCAAAGUGUAUAUACCUGCCACACGAACGAUUGAGGACUCUGAGAUACCGGAUGACGUGGAGUAGUUAUCAUAUAGGUAAUUAACUAUAACUUUAUUAUUAAUUAUUAUUUGUAUCUUUAUUGCGCUUGUCGUGUAUUAUAUUUUAUUGGGUAAUAUGAUAAAAAAUUUUGACGUAUGUGUUCUAAAAACGUGGCAGUCAAAAUUUGUUUGAAGUAAUUUCUUAUUCAGAUGUUUUUUAUGACUUAUAAUUAUAUUGUGAAAUGUUAGCGUAGAAACUACUCUUCCAGAUUUAUUCAAAAAUUCGUAUUGAGAAAGUCUCGCCCGGGACCAUCUACAACUUAACAUAUUAUAUGAUUUUAAGCCUACCGAAUACUUUGUAAAAGCCUAGCUAUUUAAUGAUUUGAAUAUAAACAUGUUUCGGGGCUUA